AUGGCGUCUUCUAAGGCUGGGCUAUUGCAGCUUUCGUCGCCCAAGACGGACAAGGAGGACAGCGACACUGACAGCGAGGCCGAAGCCGGCGGCGGUGGAAACUGCCUCUGGCUAGCGGGCCGAGCACGGCAGGUGGGGGGCAAGCGCUGGGUAAAGUGGCUGGUUCCUUUCAUCCUGGUGGGUAUCAGCAGUGUGCUCUGCAUGUGGAUGCUGCACGCGGCGACCUGGUACUACGUCAUGGGGAUCGUGCGGUUCGAGAAGGCGUAUGUCAGGAAUCCCGACUACAAGGAGGAGCAUCCGGGGCUCUUCUCCAACAGCCUUCACCCGGACGAAGUCUCCUACGGCUCGCUGCAGGACCCCCUGUCUGCGCGGCUGGGCUUCAAGCACGUGCCGCUGAAGGUCCUGGAUGGGGUGGCUUUGCUCUUCCCCUUCCUGUGGUUCCUCACGGUAAUGUACUUGCGGGAUGUGCAGCAGUGGACGAAGGUCCUCCUGAGCCACUCCGUUCUGGCCAUCGGCAAAGGCGUCUUCGGCGUGGUCACCAUUAUGCCGGAUAGCAUUGGAUGGGCAAACUGCAAGGCGCGUCUGGGCCCGUCUGGCGUGGACUUCUUCAUGAAUCGGGUGCCGGAUCCUAGCGCACACGGCAUGUGGACGGCCUUCAUGGCAAUUCUUGGAGUUGAGCUGGCGGGUCCUGAACAGAAUCGGAUUGGAGCUGGCAUGCGCUUUUGCGCAGACAUGCUCUACUCCGGCCACACCUACUUUACCAUCCUCUACAUCUUGGCCCUUUGUGAGCUCGUCCGCAAA